GGCUAACUCCCAAAACCAUGUUAGCCUAUAUUACCCAAUCAUUUACACAAACAUCAAUUCCACAAAUUUCAUUCAACUUUUAACUUCAAUUCAAUUCAAUUCAUUUUUUAUUUUCUCCUCUCAGAUCUCUUUUCAUCAUCAUCACUUCCUUCAAUGGCUACUCUCUUCUCACCUCUUAGACGACUCUACCUCACCCUUUACAACUUCACCGUUUUAUUUGGAUGGCUACAAGUUCUGUAUCUUGUUUUGAAGACAUUGAAGGAAUUGGGUCACGAGCAUGUUUACACUGCAGCAGAAAAGCCUUUGCUUUAUGCUCAAACUGCUGCUGCAUUAGAGAUUCUUCAUGGUUUAGUGGGGUUGGUGAGAUCUCCAAUAACAGCAACAUUGCCUCAGAUAGGUUCAAGGCUGUUUCUGGUAUGGGGCAUCUUGUGGAGUUUUCCUGAGACUCGAACUCAUUUACUUGUUAGCUCCCUACUAAUCAGCUGGUCUAUCACUGAGAUAAUUCGCUAUUCUUUCUUCGGGUUUAAAGAGGCUUUUGGAUCUGCCCCAUCAUGGCUUUUGUGGCUUAGAUAUAGCACAUUCUUAAUUUUGUAUCCAACAGGCAUAAGCAGUGAAGUUGGUUUGAUAUACAUUGCCUUACCAUUCAUUAAGGCAUCUGAGAAAUAUUGCAUAAGGAUGCCUAAUACAUGGAACUCUUCGUUCGAUUACUUUUAUGCCGCAAUUCUUGUAUUGGGAAUAUACGUUCCAGGUAGUCCUCACAUGUACAAAUACAUGCUCGUGCAAAGGAAGAAAGCACUCUCGAAACCGAAGAGCGAGUAGUAUGACAUCUGUAGUUUUCAUUUUUUUGCCAAACACAUGAUGUAUAGACAUGUCAUGUCCUGGUUUGGAUCUGCAUAUAUGUAUCUAGUGAAAAUUUGACUUUCUUGUUAAUGUAUCAGUAAAAUACAACAUGCCAGAUAUAUAUAUGAUCCGUUAUUUUGUCUUUUCAUA